AUGGGGAGACCACCCCUAAGCGGUGGCACUAUUCCUUAUCACGAUUCGUUACUCGAGUCUUUGAUAUUAUAUACUGUACCAACAGGUAAUACCAUGAGUAAAGACGACGAUUUGCCACCACCUUCGUAUGAAGAAGCUCUCAAUGAUCGUAUCACAUCGUCCUCUUCGAGCAGUGGCCCCCCACCACAGCCUCCUAGACCCAAUUCCAAUUACUUAGAUGUACCACCACCCCAACCUCCCAGACCGGGUUCCAGCAACUCAAUCCAUAGCUACCCUCCUCCUCCGCAGCGCCUUAGCCCAUCCACAUCGGCUACCUCGUCCAGCUACUCGACAGGGAACUCUCAGUUCCAGGGAUCAGGGCCAGGCUCCAGUUCUGCAUAUGGAAACAGACCACCCCAGGGCUACCCACAGCAGGGCAGCUCAUCGCUGGGGUCUCCCCAGACAGGCAGUAGACCACCCCAGGGCUAUCCACAACAGGGCAGCUCAUCGCUGGGGUCUUCCCAGUCAGGUAGCAGACUACCCUUCAGCUUCCCCAGCAGGACGCUCUGUCCCAAGUGCAAGAACACCGGCUACAAGGUGAAAAACGGCAAGGUGUGCCUCGACUGCUGGCAGAAGUUCUAUCUCAAGGACCAUGCGUACAACCCCAACCCCAACUUGAUCUUCAAGUACCCCAAGCGUUUCUUGUGUGAGAAAUGCGAGAACACCGGGGUGAAGAAGAAGAACGGGCAGACGUGCAAGGACUGCUACGAGAGAUUUGCACCCAGGAACCUGUUCCCGGGCCACCAGGUGAACUCUUACCUGUCGCCUUUUGAUUUGUUCUCGGAUACUAUAACGACCACCUACAUUCCUGCCCAGCCAACGUAUGUACCGCCUGGAAGCGGGCCCCCACCACCGCCUUUGCCUCCUGUUAACGUGAGACCGGGCGACCCAAGGAUAGGUGGUACUUUGUGUGGAAGGUGUAGAGGAACGGGGUUGAUUUGGAGCUUCCUCGACGAAUACACAUGUCCCGUGUGCAAUGGUAUAGGUCGUAUCCUACAACAACAGCCCACACAGCCCUAUCAUCCCCAGCAGCAGUACGCUCCACAUCAGCAGUAUGCUCCACACCAGCAGCAACAACAGUACAACCCUCAGCAGUACAGCUCCCAGCAGUACAUCAGCUACAACCCAAGUCUUCCUCCACGGAAGAACUGA